UAAAGUGUUAUCAGCGGUUACCGUACUGUAAACUAAACAAUACUACUAAUAGAUCAGGAUAUAUCAAUCGGAAAAAGCAGGGAUCCGAAUGAAUUUAUUCCGUUGAAAACAAAUAAUGAUGGAAGAUCACAACAACACCCAAAGUCAACAACCAAAUACAGAGCCGGAAAACCCUAAUAUUCGGAAUGUUAAAGUGGGUGCUGUUACGAUACCGCUGAAUUUAGGCUAUGUAAAGAGUCCUUUAGGUAUAGUGACAGCAGCAUCUUGUUUCCUGGGCCUUCUCAGCACUAUCCUGGUGUCAGCCAGUUACAACAUUAACUGUUAUGCCGGUUACGGAUCCACUUACGACUUCUUUGAGUUCGUCGCCACGUCGUGGUUCAUCCUCACCUUCUUCCGUUACAUCAUAUUUCUCCUCACGAACAAGAAUGGCUUUCUCUGUGGUUCGUUCGUACCAUGGACUUUGUUGAUGAUGGCUAAUACCGCGGUGUAUAUUAUAAUGUUCUUUUUUGGCUCCAUCGCCAUGGCGGUCAACUCUUGUUGGAGAGGCGGCUACAAAGCUACAGCGGCAUUCGGAUUUUUUACCACGGGAACCUGCGUUGCCGAAUUAGUACUGCUGUUGAUUCGAUUGCGAGAAGAGCAUGAACCCACUCAGAACCGAUUUCUCAUCCUCAUGGGUGUCCAGGCGCAAAGUCAACAAAACGCUCCCCCACCCUACGAUCCUGAGAGCAAUAUGGCCACAGAUCCGCCCAAGUGAUGACGCUACACGUCCAAAUGCUCACUGAACAUUUCAUGACAUCGCAUGUGCAAGCAACGAGUUUUGACGAUUUUGAAGAAACAAAAAUCGUUUGAAUAACAUUUUUUUAAUUUGCAUGCCAGUUUGCACUAUCAAUUUGUGUUUAUGUUGUAUUUUGAGUCGUGUAUUGAUUAGAAUCCUGAAAUGAAAACAUGAAAAUAGAUAAAUGUGUAUGAGUUUCCAUUCAUAUACAUGUAUGAAACGGAACCAAGAGUUAAGUUUUAACAAGCCUCUGGCGGGCUUCAAACUUCCUAUAAGUGGAAAUUAGUGUAAGAAGCUGUAAAUCAAAAACAAUGUCACAAGAACUCGUGAAAACACUUGUACAUACCAACGGAGGACCCUAUAGCCAAUCAUGACUCCGCUAGUUGUUAUUAAACACUUUAGUAACACAGUUUAUAGAAUUGAUGAUGACAAUGAUAAUUAUAUUGUGUUGCUGGCCCCAGUUUCAAGGAAGUUCGUUACUCAGGAUUUGCCAAUAGUUCAGUAGAGAACAUUUUUUUCUUUUCUUGAACUAGUCUAUCAUAAUGCUCCCCUAUGAAAGCUCAUAACUCAUAAUUGAUUAUUUUCCCUAAGUUAGGAACGUUCGUGAAACUGGGGCCAUGGUAGUCAUGUGACAAACCAUAUUAGCAUCAUACACUUUUUCGGUGUAGCCAUGACAAGGCCGGUGAUUAAAAUUAUAUCAUAUGAGCAAAUUCGUGUAUAAUAAUAUACAAAUGUAAUGUCUUUCUUUACAUUUAUAUGA